GGUCUGGUUGUCUAAACUCACAUCUCACAUUUGUGAGUUUGUACCUUCGUCAUGUCUGGUCGUGGCAAGCAAGGAGGCAAGGCUCGUGCAAAGGCCAAGACCCGCUCCUCGCGGGCCGGGCUCCAGUUCCCCGUGGGCCGAGUGCACCGGCUGCUCCGCAAGGGGAAUUACUCCGAGCGGGUCGGGGCCGGCGCCCCGGUGUAUCUGGCGGCGGUGCUGGAGUACCUGACGGCCGAGAUCCUGGAGCUGGCGGGCAACGCGGCCCGGGACAACAAGAAGACGCGCAUCAUCCCGCGCCACCUGCAGCUGGCCAUCCGCAACGACGAGGAGCUCAACAAGCUGCUGGGCAAAGUCACUAUCGCUCAGGGUGGUGUCCUGCCCAAUAUUCAGGCGGUGCUGCUGCCGAAGAAGACUGAGAGCCAUCACAAGGCCAAGGGCAAGUAGAAGCCUGGCGUUGUGUAGAACUCAAACCUGUCCAAACCAAAAGGCUCUUUUCA